GUCUGAACUCCACCUUCAGGCAGAAUGAGGUUCUUGCCCGGAUGUCUGCUUCUGGUGCUGCUGGUCACCAGCCUCUCUCCAGUCCAUGGUGUUCUGGAGGCUUUAAAUACAAACUUGAAGUGUCAAUGCACCAAAACUGUCUCAUUCUGGAACAAACCCAAGAUGGUUUCAUUCAUUGACAUCUUUCCCCCUGGGAACAGUUGCCCAAACAUGGAAGUCAUAGUCCGGACGAAGACUAAGUCAAAUCUAUGCUUGAAUCCUGACUCCAAGUGGACACGAUCUUUGUUGAAAGAUGUACUGAAAAAGUUUGCAACUCUAAAUUCACCGGUUCGAAUUAGGAUACGAAAGGCCUGAUGCCAAUACCCCAGUAUGGAUACCUGCAUUUCUUAAUUCCUGACCUGGGUUUAGUUUUAUGGUCAGAUGAAUCGUUUCUAAAAAAAUAAAAAAGAGCUUCUCCAUACAAGCAAGCAUAAAAAUGCAAGUAGAAACCACCCUUCAGAGGAUGACAGGGAAAACUUGGACUUUUUUUGAAUAGAGUACCCUACAUACUUGGAGUUUGCAUUCUUAUUCAUGAGGGAGGAAAACUCCAUGUAAGUUUCUUUUGAUAAUAUACCUAUUGUUUAAUGCUAAAUUUUCCUAGACAAAUAAAAGAAUGAGAAUUUAAACCUCAAAUCUGAACAUCUGGCUUGAAUUAAGAAGAAAAUGACAGAGAGCAUUUCCAUCAUUUUACACCCGAAGAGAAGCAGGCUUCCAUAGGAGACUAAAGAAGCUGCCUGGGAAACCCAUGAAGCUUCAGCCUGACAAGAGCCAGAGGGUCCACGUAGUAGACAUCUUCCAUUCAAAAUUCACUAUUAAGAGGAAUAGGGUCUUUUUUCUCCUUUUAAAGAAUUCCCUUAUAAGAAUUAUUGUCACAGAUAAGAACUAAUACCAUUCAAAGAUCCCCAGACUUAAAUUCAUAGAAUAUUCAGGAAAGGCAUUUAAAGGGUGAUGUUCAGAUAUAUUCUUUUCUAUAUUUGCUUUGACGAACUUUUAUUCACAUCUCUUGCACAGACUUGUUGGUGUUGGUUUCUGGUAUCCAAUUCUAUAAUGCUUCUUAUUCGUCUAAUGCUAUUCAAUAAACUUGUGCAAACAUUUUA